ACACACGGAUGUAGAUGCUCUGGCGACUCAUCUGUGUUAAUCACCCUCUUCCUCAUAAUGAUGCACCGGGCAUUUGUCCGUAUAAGGAACUGAACUAUGACUAUCAUCAUAAGUGGUGUUGAAACCAUUUGUCGCGUUUUGACGCAGAUGUCAACUCCCUGGGCGGUUUCAGGUUGAUGGUAAAUUGGACGCUUGGACUGAGCUGGUCUGAUUUGUCAACACAUCCAGAGAAAAAGUCAGAUGGUCAAAGAGUCAACAAGGAGGAAAUCUGACGAUGGAUCCGGACAGUCCCAGUCCCAUUACCAGGGUUGAGAGGACUUUCUGGAGCGUAUGGUACUAUAUAACUGGAGCUGUGAACAGAUUCCUCAGACCAGAGCCCGUUGACAUAGUCAGAAAUGACCCAAACUCCUUCCAGGAAUCCGCAGUUGACAGUGAGCCUGCUAACUGUGGUCUCACAGAGGGGGACACUUGCAGAGGGGAAGUUGAUGAAGAACAGCCUCUUGUGGCAGCGUCUCUGCUCAGCUCAUCUCGGCCACUUGUUGCCUGGGAACAUUGCACCACAGAAAUCGACUUAGGGCCAGAUGAAGAAAAUAUGCAGGAUAAAACCCUACUGAGUAGAGGUGCUGAGGGCGAAGCAUCUGAGGAAGGUGAGUGCAUGAGUAAGGGACAGUUUACCAAAACAGGAAAUGAUGAUGCAUGCUCGCUCAUUGCUAAAGAUGCAGGAACAAGAGAAGACGAACAAGAAGAGAAUGAAGAUUGGAAAUUGGACACUCUUGGGCACGAUCGAUAUGAAAGACAUGCAAACACCGUGUCACAAAACGUUACGGAUGAUGCAAUGAGUGAAGACACGGAGGGAAGUGGAAGAAAGGCUGGUGCUGAAGAGGAGACUGAUGGGGCAAUGACACAACAGGAUCAACAAAAAAUGGAUGAAAUGGUGACAAAUAUCCAAAUACAGGAAGAAGACAGUAAAAUGCAGGGUGAGGUUGAGCACGAUUUCAAAUACUCACAUGCUGUUUGCAGCAUGGAGGCAGAAGAAACUGAGGUAAACUUGAGUCUAGAAGAGGAGGAUAACACACACAUAGAGGCGGAGACAACGGUGACACCUGAAGAAGUAGAAAACAGUGAUGGUGUAUUACAGCUGGCCACUGAAAAUGAAAACAACAGACAAGCUGAAAAUCUGCCCUCUGUCUGUGAAGAGUUGUCAGAUGUUGACAGAGAUUUUGAAGGAGACACAAGCGUGGUCUCAUCAGACACUGCGCUAAUGGCUUACGACAAAAGUGGCAUUGUGUCAGAGGAUGAUCAAAUAGUUGUUGGACAAGAGCAGAUGAUGCCUGAUAGAGGUGAAGAAUAUGCAUAUGAUAAAGCUGAGGAUCAGAAAGAGGAGGAAGAUGAGAGCGCAGUGGAUGAAGAUGAGCAUAGUGCUGUUAUUGAGGAAGAAAAUGUCAAUGAGUUGGCAGAGACGUCAAACAACCAGACAACAGAUGAAGUCCCAGAGCAGGAAAAUGACGUAGACACAGUAACAGACGACAGUCAAGAAGACAUUAUAACUGCGUGUGUUGGAUGCAGUGAGGACCUCACACAGAUCACUACAACAGAGCUGCACAAAGCUGAAUUCACAGACAGAGAACAAGAGCAUGUGGCUGAGGAUACUGAAGUGCAAACAAAAACAAGAGAGACAGAUGAUAUGGAAACGAAAAGCCACGAGACAGUGAUCGAUGGAAAAUCUGAUGUAGACAGGAAUAAAACUGAAGCAGAACAGGAGAGGCGUUUCAGUGCAAGUGACAACAAUGAAGGUUGCAUGGAAAUAGCAUGUGCAACCGCUGCAGUUACAGUAAAACCUGAUGGUGAGGUUGGACAGGAAAUAAGUGGAGAGUUUAAAAAUAUUCCCCCGGGUAUAUCUGAAGGCCGGGCUGUUGUGUCGCAGGAGCUAAAUUCUAUAACAUGCGAGGAAACCCAAGAGGGAGUUCCUGAGUACAACAAUGAGCCUAGGCCAUAUGAAAACACAAUACAAAGGAUCCUGGAAGGAGGAGAUGACGAGGAAAUUCAGACCACCCAAUUACCAGAAGAGGUGGAGAGUGAGGAGCCAGAGAUCCUUCAGAACAGUGGCAGCAGCAGUGGGGUUGACUAUUUAUUGUUGAGGGAGCGUAUGGAGGAGGAACACGACUCAAGACUUACAACAACAGAGGAGAGUAAGAAUAUCUUUGAUGAGGAUGUUGGGAUACUGAGCAUUACUGAUGCACAAGAAUCAGAGAAACCACUUGCUGAACCAGUAAUUCAAGAAUCAGGGCACUUAUUUGUGCAAGAGGAAGCAGAAUUAUUGGACAGCUCAAUGAAGAUGGGGAUCUCAGAAAAGGAAUUUGAGACACACGUUGGCUCAGCAAAUGAUAGGACGACAAAAGAGCAACAAGAUGUGACUGAAGAGUUUUUGGUUGAAUUUGAAGUAGAUGAAGGUUUAUGUGAUUCCAGAGAAGCUGACGCUGCUGGAGUUGGUCAUGAGACAACAGGAGCAGAUGAGGAUGUGGCUGAUGAAACUUUAAAACUUCUUGAUGCUGAAGAACAGAGGAUAAGUUUCUAUGAUGAAUCUGUAAAUGCCAUAAACUCCACCAGCGGGACCUUCAGUUUCCUAGGAGAUAUUGCUGAAUCCGUAUUCCUGAAACAGUCAGUUGAGACGGAGCCUAAAUUACUUGAGGAUUGUACUGCGGAAUUACAGGAUGCAACAAUUGAAAUGCAAGAUGCAGGGAUAGAUAUGGAAGAAACAAGCUAUGGGUUUGAGGCGGAGGUAGCAGAAGAUGAAACGCAGAACAAAAAUGAGACGGAAAUAUUAAAUCUUCAGGUGGUGGAAAUGGCAACUGAGCUAACCACAGACACUGAUGAAAAAGAAACUCCUAUUGCAGGAUUGGAAUCAUCUACACAUAUAAAAGCCGAGCUACAAGUUAAGACGUUGGAGACAGAAGUUCAAGUAUCAGGUGAAGCACUGGGGGAAGUAUUAACAGACACUGAAACAGCUGAAGAUUCGAUGGGAGCUGAGUUAGGACCAAAACAUUUGACUACAAUGUCAACAGAAGAACUGGAAAAGCAUGAAUCAGGUGGGAGUUACGCUGAAGAGACAGGUAGCUCAGUAAGUGGACGUCCAGAUGUGAUCGAUGAGGAAAUCCUUGACUUGUGGAUACAGACUGCAUUGUCAGAGGAGACUGUUGGCACAAAACAACAGGAGCAACAAAUGGACACUGAAAGCGAGCCAUCAAAUGAGGAACAAGAAGAAAUGCAGUCAGAGAAGGAGAAGGAGCAGUUGGGGGAGUCAAAUUCACUGGGAUCUGGAUUAGUGGGUGACACAGAAAUAUCUUCAUCAACAGCAGAGUCAGGAAUUUUAGACCAAUCUCUUGGUGAUUUGGGAACAGAAAACAGUGAAACUCAGCUACUGCAAUCAUCUAGCACUGAAUCAUUUCAAGGCACAGAUGACAUGUUGGCUAGUAUGUCAGAAUCAGCAAACGUCUCUGAACUGUCUAUAAAACAACCUGCAUCUGAACCCCAGGAUUUAUUGAUAGAAGUAACAGCUGAGGCAGGGCAAUCGUAUCUGAAAGAGGAGGAAUUGAUCACUGAUCAGGAAUCAGAUAAAUUGCAAGAAAAAACAGUAGAAGAAAGAGUUGAAUCAGUUGAGAUGGGAGCUGCAUCACAGAGAGAGAUUGAUGCUGAAGUAAGGAACCCUGAAGAUGAAGAUGAUGAUGUAGAGCAAACAAACGUUCAAGACGAGCCCCUUGAGACAAACGUGUCAGACUCUCUAAAUGAAAUCGGUUCAGAACAAUCUAGAAAUGACUCAGAGGCUUCGUUAGAGGAGGGAAUUGUGUCAACAGAUUCUGAUUUACAAGAUGAAACCUGUGUUGAAUCAGAGAAAAAGUUAGCAGAGCUGCCCUCACUGGACAAACCACAGGCCCUGUGGUCAGAAGACAUCGCUGAAUCAUCAUCUGGGCUGGACGGGGCUGAGGUGGCAGAACAGUCGAGGACAAAGUCUGAGGAUCAGAUGGAGGUAGAUGUCCCUGUGUUGGACUUCACCCCUCAAAAGUCAAGGAUUGCUGUGAAAAACCCUAACGUGAGACCGCCAAAAGAUCCCCGCUCCCUUCUGCAUAUGCCUUCAGUGGAACCCAUGCCUUCUACACGUCUGCCAGUCAAAGUGCCUGCAGGUGUGCCUUUGGGAGGCUUGGGCAUUGGAAUAAAACUGCCCGGGCUUGGCACUGGUUUUCCUGUUUUAAAAAAGACACCAAGGGUUGUGAGAGAUGAAAAUAACCCUGAAACCUCAUCACAGGAAUCUGAGACAAAACCAGAGGAGAAGGAUGACACUCCCAAACAAGAUGAGGCACAACAAAAACCUAAAUGGAUGCCACCAAGACAACCAGGAUUUGGAAAUCCACUCAUGUCUGAGCUCAAGACCAAACUGAAGAAAACCACAAAAGAGUGAGAGGAAGAUGAAUUGUAAUGCUUUGUGUAAAUAUCUGAAUGUAUUAUUAAAAAUAAUUUCUUUUUGGUGUAUUUAUCAAACUGAAUAUAGUAAUGAACUGUUUAUCAUUUCAAUAUAUUGCGCUGUUUAACUUUUGUAAUAAAC